GGAUUAGCCCCACAUAUUAUAUUUACUGAUACCAAUAUUCCUCUAAGAAUGUAACACUGGAGGAACAAAGCAGGCGAUGACGGCUGAUAUGGUGCACUAGAAUGGGAAAAUAUUUUGUACAGUUCUUCAUUAUUCACCUGUUAAAGAUUACUUCGGUGGAGACAUUUACUAAACCUUGCAAUGCAUCCCUGCAGACAGUAUCGACUGUGGCAGAGUGCCCUACAAAUGAUACUUCAUAUAAAAUAGCCGCCCAACAAAAGAACUGUUCAUCAUUACCGAUGGACAGAAGCAGUUGCGAUUCUUUCGAAUACCACUGUGUUUUGAGCGAAGAUCUCAAAACUGCCAUUGAAGUAUGUGCACCAUCCUUAAACAUUAUAGGGCACUCUUGUGCUAUGUUCAGCAAGACUUUGACGGGCAUCAUGAGGGUAGACAACAUAACCUGUGGGAACGCUACAAAAGGAUGUCCAUUUUCCUACAACUCCACCACUUCGUUUAAGUAUCAUCACUGCUUCCCGACAGGAAAUCAGUUUUAUACUACAGAAGCCAUCCAAAGGAAGUCAUACGUUAUUAUAAUAGUGAUUGUGAUUCUUGCAAUCGGGGUCAUAUGUGUUAUUCUACUUUUCUUAAUAUGGCGUUCCAAAAGACGAAGAAGAGAAGAAGUUCAGGGUAGAGAGGAAGUGGAAAUGGACCCUAUAGUCCUUGAAAACAACGAAGUUAAUCAAUAUUUGCAGCAACUAAUUAUAAGAGACGAAAAUGAAUCUAAUAAUAGUGAUAUUCCACCUGCAGACGUUGACAAUCCAGAUCAACCACUGUUGAAUGAUCAGGCAGAAAACGGGGCAGAACGGGUUGUGGAAGAAAUACCAGAGAAUCGGGUUGACGUAAAUUCAGAAAGAAGAAAUGUUGGUGACCUACAGGCCAGGGCAAAAAUAGAAGUUAAUACACUGGAAAAGGACGAGGGAAAUAGAGCAAUGUUGAACUGUUCAAUGAAUUUGCUUGUAAACCUCCUAAAGAAACCAGACAGCACUUGGACUAAGGAAAAAAUCAUACAGGAAGUCCAAAACAUGAUACAAAAGCUCGAAGAUUCAAAAGAAACUGACCUUCUUGUAAAGUUUAUUAAAACAAUAGAUCAAGAUAGAAAUAUUCAAACAAAAUUAAUAAAAUGUGGGGAGGAAAUGUUUGAAUUGAUUUCCUCGGUCCAAGAAAGAUAUAAAGCAACAAGGGUUGAAAUCAAUGAUGGAUGUGUAUGUUUCAUGUUUUAUUUUUCUGACGACCUGAGUUUGAAGAAACUUUCGAAGGAAUUCUAUAGGGGAGACAAAAUUUUUAGGAAUUGCAUUUCUAAAAUUUUACUAAACCAAGCUUUCCUAGGUAUCUUUCAAAUACAUCCAGAGACUGUCACAUGGAAGACAUGUGAACUCAAAGUUUACAAAGGAGCUGAAAAAGUAGAAGAUGUAAAACCUGAAAGCCCUAUUAUUGGAACUUUUAAAGAUAUUUUGGAAGAAGACCAAGGAGCUGAAAAAGUAGAAGAUGUAAAACCCGAAAGCCCUAUUAUUGGAACUUUUAAAGAUAUGUUGGAAGAAGACAAAGGAGCUGAAAAAGUAGAAGAUGAAAAACUCGAAAGUCCUAUUAUUGGAACUUUUAAAGAUAUGUUGGAAGAAGACCAAGGGGAAGAUAAGAAAAUGGAAAGUAUUUUGGAUGCCUUUACGGCCGGCUCAAAUAAAUAUCCAGCUUACAAGCUUUUCAAAACUCGAGAAAAGUCUUUUGAUGGCUGUAGUGGUGGUAUGAAGAAGAGAACCGUCGAAUUUGCAAGAGAUGGAUUUUUUUACAAAGGCAAGUGA